AAACGGCUGACCGGAACAAACAGACCCCGCAUUAAAAGCAUGCGGUUAUUUAAUGAGAACGAGCUGUGCUGCUCUAUUAAGUUCAUUCGAGAAGCCCGAUAGCGGGAAGAAGUGGCAGGAGUUGGUUUUUUUGGAGUAAAUUUUGUUUUUAAACAAGUAAACAACUUGUUUCUCAUCUUACACUUUGGCAAAUAAAAUUUUUGCAACUGCAGAGACAGCAGAGCGCAUGUGUGCAGGACGUAGAUGUGUGUGGAAUACGAAUAUUCGGAAUAGCCACCAGGCAUUUGAUUUUGUGUGCUGUGUGUGUGACAUGCGGCGCUGCGGGUAGACCGUCAGUCGCCAUGGCGGAGUCGGGUCCGAGCCCCCGGAGGAGCGGGAGGAGGAGGAGGAGCAGCAGCAGCGGGGCGCCCUGCUGCCUCUGGAUGCUGCGGCCGCUCCUGGGCGCCUGGCUGGCGGCCGCCGUGGUCGCGUACCGGCCGGUGGUCGUGGUGCACGGGCUCUUCGACAGCUCCAGCGACUUCUGCAACCUGCUGCGCUUCAUCAACGCGUCCCAUCCAGGCACCAAGGUGUCAGUGAUUGACCUGUUUGACCGUAGCGCCAGCCUGCAGCCGCUGUGGAAGCAGGUGGAGGGUUUCCGGGAUGCGAUCUACCCCAUCAUGCAGGACGCCCCCGACGGCGUCCACUUCAUCUGCUACUCCCAAGGUGGCCUGGUUUGUAGAGGGAUUCUCUCUACGAUUCCUGACCACAACGUCCACUCGUUCAUCUCCCUUUCUUCACCGCAGGCUGGGCAGUACGGAGACACAGAUUACCUAAAGUACGUCUUCCCCCAGUUUGUCAAGUCCAACCUGUAUCACCUGUGCUACACAUCGGUGGGGCAGCGAGUGUCCAUCUGCAACUACUGGAAUGACCCCCAUCACAGAGACAUGUAUGUCAACAGCAGUGAUUUCCUGGCUGUGCUGAACAGCGAAAGACCAAAUUCCAAUGCAACGGUGUGGAAGAAGAAUUUCCUGCGCAUUAAGAAGCUGAUAUUGAUAGGAGGGCCAGAUGAUGGAGUGAUCACACCGUGGGAGUCCAGCCUGUUUGGUUUCUAUGACGACAAUGAGACCGUUGUUGAAAUGAAGCACCAAGAAGUGUAUGUAAGGGAUGUGUUUGGGUUGAAGACGCUGGACUCCCGUGGUGACCUGGCCACAUGUGUGCUUCCAGGAGUCCAGCACACAAAGUGGCACUCCAACGAUACGGUCUACAGCAGCUGCAUAGAAAAGUGGCUCACAUAGAGCUCGCGCAACCACACAAGUCUUUGAAUAAUGCAAUGCACACAGUGACCUCAUCUUCUGUCACGUUCUAAACUUUCAAAUACUUUUCUUUAGCCAGAGGGAUGAGUUCAAUAUGGAAAUCCUGUCUUCUGGACUUUUAGUUUUACUCCUCAGUUAUUUUCCUUUCUUCAUGAACUACAUCUCUUUGGAACCAUCUUUUUCAGAUUUUUUUUUUAUUUUUUGUCCCUGACCAGUCAGACCAUAGCAGUAGAAAUCAUGCCUUAAAUUUCCUAAAUUUCCAUGUGUUUUAUAGUCCUUCUACAAUAUAAAUCCCAAGUGCUAUGACACUCUGCCUGUGAAGGGUGCUAAGGGGUGGGGCUCUGGGACAAAGGGAAUGCAUUACAAAGGGAAUUAAAGUAAAAAUGGGAAAAUGACAGGCAGUCCUACUUUAUGACUUUCCUGAUGUCUAAAAGCAUAUUUAUAAUACCUCCCAUGAUAUUCAGUAGCAAUCUCAGGCAAAUGAUCCUAUGUUUCAGUAGGUUUAGAUUAAAUGAAUGGUUUCUGCUAAUGUUAUUUUACCUAUUAGUAGUUAGUGAUAUGGUUGCUGUUAAUCAUGUUUUAAUAUGUAGAAGAGAUUGAAACCUUCUACAAGAUGGUCAAGUUUAUAAUGGAAAUAAUGCCAGCUUUCAGUAAGAACAAGUAUGGCAAGGUUGCACAGAGUUUUCAUAAAUGGUCUAAGCUUUCCUGAGCAGUACUUUGUUAUAAAAGGCUGAGUGGAAAGUAUUUUUUUUACCCAUGAUGACUAUAUUUCAUAUUGUAUCUCAGUAUUUUAAAAAGAACUCUAUUACUGGAAGUUUUUUCACUUCCAAAAGGGAAUUUUUUGACACUUGAAAUACUUAAAGCAAAAAAAAAAACAGUAAGCAAGAGAAAGUGCUGUUUGGAAGCGGACAAAGAAAAAAUGUGUUCUGUGCUCUAAUGAAGAACAGUUGUUUUAAUGCCUUGAUAAAUUACAAGUUGUAAGAUUGAAUUUGUUUUCUCCGUUCAGUUGGACCCAGUCUUGCGUUAUUCUUGAUUUUUCCUGCAAGAAGACAUUUGCAAGUGUGCAAAUAUGGACUCUGCCCUAAAUCUGUUGUGAUUAUAUAUGUGGUUCAGUAGUAGCUUGCUGGAAUGUUA